AUGAUCUACAGCUCGAACAGAUGGGACGCUGUGGAUGGUCCUCUCGCGUCAGCGUGGGAGGCAGUACCACUCUACUUGCGCUUCCGGAAGUAUCAGGCGGGCGAGCACUGUUACUUGGCUAGAGCGGAACACACGUUCUUGCUCAACUUUGUGACCCAUGAUACGCCGCUGGGAUUCCGCGGUCCUCAUUACUGUCCAAACUCAUCUGGGCUCUGGAUCGCCUCGGCUGAGGGCGACGACAAGCCGAAGGUCUUCGAUGUGGACGGCUUCAGAGACUUCUUCGCCCGGCUGCGCGUGAACCGAUUACUCUGGUGGCGGGCUUUCGAGGACGAGGAGGAAGCUAGAGUGAGGCCCGUGGAGAAGCAGGCUGACAAGUAG